AUGGAGAAGACUAGCGAGAAGAGCAACAUUGAUCUGCUCAACGAUUGCGAUAACUUCCCCUACUACGAAACCGACCCGGGUCUCUACGAUGCCGCGCUGGACCGCCUCUACACGCUGCAGGUCGCCGACGACGACACGAUCCUGGGCUUCGUGCUGCCCGUCGUGGCCGAGGUGCUGCGCGGGCUGCCCGCGUGGACGCUGAGCGACGACGACCGCUCGCUGGUGCUGACGCAGGGCGAGGACGAGCGCGAGCGCACCGCCUUCGUCGCCGCGACGACGCUGGCCAUGCGCCAGACGGGCCACUUCCAGGUCCUGGCCGGCUGGCGCGACGAGCUCUACCCCGUCUACGGCCGCGACGGCGCCCUGCUGUUCAAGAUCGAGCGCGCCGCCAGCCCGCUCUUCGGCGUCGUGUCGUACGGCGUGCACAUGACCGCCUACCAGAAGGUCGCCGACGAAUACAAGUUCUGGAUCCCGCGCCGCGCCCAGACCAAGCAGACGUACGGCGGCAUGCUGGACAACACGGUCGCGGGCGGCCUGGCUGCCGGCGAGAGGCCGGCCGACGCCCUCGUGCGCGAGGCUGAGGAGGAGGCGAGCCUGCCCGCUGACCUGAUUAGGGAGAAGGCGCGGGCCGUCGGCAAUGUCUCAUACUUCCUGGUGCGGGACGAGCGCGCGGGCGGAGAGACGGGCCUGCUGCAACCGGAGAGCCAGUACGUGUAUGAUCUGGAGCUGCCCGAGGAUGUCGUGCCGAAGCCGAACGAUAAUGAGGUCGAGUCGUUCAAGUUGAUGACGACAGAAGAGGUGCAGACGGCGCUUAGGAAGGGAGAAUUCAAGCCUAAUUGCGCGCUGGUUAUGCUUGACUUCUUUGUCAGACAUGGCAUUCUGACGCCAGAGAACGAGCCGGAUUACUUGGAUAUCGUGUCGAGGUUGCACCGCCGCUUCGAAUUCCCUACGGUUAGGUUGCCAGGCGUGUCGUUAUAG